UGAGCGACAUGCCGCGCUUAUUAGCUAAUCAGACAUUUUUUUAAAAAUAAUCCGCGCAAAGGAAUCUUUUUUAUUCCGCCAUGUUACCCCUGAUCGAUGGAGUACGUUCGUGAGCGACCUGAUUUAUAUAUAAUCGUCCAGGCUUCUGCGUGAUGCCAGACUCUCGUUUUUGUUCCAUCUUAAGCUGUCACAGUACUCUCUCGAGAUCCAAGAACGCCAUUGCUGGGUGAAGGUUGCGUGAUGGGCGACGACGGCGCGAAGGUGACGGCGGGCAUCAAGCAGAUCGUGCGGCUACGGGAGCUGCUGCACAAGUGGCAGAUCAUGGCGCUGGGGGCGGCGAAGCAGCAGGAGCAGGAAGAGCACGGGGUCCCGGAGGCGGCGUCGGCGAUCCCGCCGUUCGUGCUGCGGCGGCUGCAGAGGACGGUUACGGUGGACUCGGACGACGAGAACUGCAACAGCCCGGAGCCGCCGCCGGACGUGCCGCGGGGUUACUGCCCGGUGUACGUGGGGCCCGAGCAGCGGCGGUUCGUGAUCCCGACCAGCUACCUAGGCCACCCCGUGUUCCGGCUGCUGCUGGAGAAGGCGGAGGAGGAGUUCGGGUUCCGGCACGAGGGCGCGCUCGCCAUCCCCUGCGAGACCGAGACCUUCAAGUACAUCCUCCAGUGCGUCGAGCGCCACGACAAGAGCCUCGCCGCCGACACCGACGCCGACGAAGGGAACCCGGCCAUGGGGCUCGAGCAAGAACCAGCGAUGCAUCAUGCUUCAUAGACUAGAUUGUGUUGCACUGUGUUGUAUGCUGUCGUAAUUUUAUUUUAUUUUUGAAGAACAAAGACUGCUAUGUAUGAUGCGUCUAGGCUCCACUUAGACAUUGUGGUCAAGAAUUCAAUUGAUCUGUCGAGCUGGCUAAUAGCCAAGUACUAGUAAGUAGUAACUCGUUGUGAAUUCAGGUAGUUUGUGAUGGUACUUUGUUCUAUUAAUUCCU